CCUCGUCCUCAGUCGCCCAACAGCUGUACUUGAGUGUAAGUAAUCGCUGCCGUCUUUUUGUUCCCCGAACCGGCGCCAUAAGUCCGUGACUCUAUCGGUUAGUGGGAGGAAUUACACAACGUUAAACAAAAACCCAGGAUCGCGAUGCUAACGAAAGCUUCUUUCGCCCUGAUCUUCGCCGUCGGCCUCGUCGCCACGACCGACGUUUCCUUCGGACCAAACGUCUUGCCGGUCGCCUAUCAGGGCAAAGCUCUGCCCGCCAAUGCCUCUCAUCAUUUGAUCGUGGGAACGAGAUUGUUCGCCGAUCGUCUUCUGAGCCAGCAGGUGGUCCGUAAGUCGAGUUCUUGGCUGCAGAUCGUGACGAAGGAGGUAACUUUCCAUACUCUGAACCGCGAGAACAUCACGCAGGUAAAAGCCUUGGACCAGAAGACCAACGGCAAUGGAGCGUACGCAUCGAUCACAUACGGCGGACCCGGAAACCGGAACGUAACCCUUCGCUUCAAGAGUCAGCGUGGUCACGGAAUCAACUUCCUCGUAGAAAUUUACGGCCGUUGAGCGAACCCCGAGAAUUUACGCGUCCGGCGACUGUUGGAAUUUUGUAUUUUUUGACAAUAAAUAAUCAGCUUGCAACGAA